AGUACACGUUACUGGGGGUAGCAGCCAACCACACGCAGAGAGCACCCGCGCCAUUGAAUCAUAGAAUCAACACUCAGCCAAUCACAACACGCGUUGUGGAUCUCCAACGACCCCCCAUGCUCAAUGGUACACGAUAACGACCCUCAUUCUCUCUGUAUUCAAAUAUCAUUAAGCGGCUCAUAUUUUCAGUUAUAGUCGUUGUAUCAGUAUUAGACCACCCAACCUGGCCGCUCCUUUUUCUUAGGUGCUGGCUGGGUUUGUUGGUUCUCUGAAAUUUUUCUUUUUUGAAAAUGGAAGUGAAGUCAUGCUUUUUGUGUGAGCCCUUCACAACACCAACAACCACUUUGCCUGUAAAGAAAUACUUACCAUUCUUCACCGUUCGUUUCCGUCCAAAUCAGAAUCAAAAAAGAUACCAGUUUCAACAGCUCAUUCGAAACUACGGUUCCGAAAUCAUCAUCACUGGUAGCACUACUAGCGAGCCUCCAAGUACCACAAAAAGAAGAACCAUCACUCGCAAAAAAACCAAAACCAAGACCAAAUCCAAAACAAUCCUCCAAUCACCCGCACCAUUAGAGUUAGAAAAUAGUGCUAAGCAAACGCAGCAACAGCCAGCAAUUGCGCAGAAAGGGAAGAGCGUGCGUGGUUUGUACCAGAAUGGAGAUCCGCUGGGGCGAAGGGACCUUGGGAAGAGCGUAGUGAAUUGGAUAGGCCAAGGAAUGAAAGCCAUGGCGUCGGAUUUCGCGUUGGCGGAGCUUCAAGGAGAGUUCAUGGAGGUGAGGCAAAGAAUGGAGCCUGGACUCACUUUCGUGAUUCAAGCUCAGCCUUAUCUCAACGCAAUCCCUAUGCCUGUUGGCCUCGAAGCCGUUUGCUUGAAAGCUAGCACUCACUAUCCAACUCUAUUCGACCAUUUCCAGAGAGAGCUUCGCGAUGUUCUCCAAGCGUCGCAGCGUAAAUCGCUGAUGCAGAAUUGGCGUGAAUCCGAGUCCUGGAAGCUUCUCAAGGAGCUUGCCAAUUCAGCUCAGCAUAAGGCGAUAGCGAGGAAAACAGUGCAGGUGAAGAGUGUUCAAGGUGUGUUAGGGAUGGAGAUGGAGAAGGUUAAGGCUAUACAGAGCAGGAUUGACGAGUUCACGAGGCGAAUGUCGGAACUACUUCGUAUAGAAAGGGAUUCUGAAUUGGAGUUCACACAGGAGGAAUUGGAUGCUGUUCCUACACCGGAUGAUACUUUGGAUUCUUCGAAGCCAAUCGAGUUUUUGGUUACCCAUGGCCAGGCUCAACAAGAACUCUGUGAUACCCUCUGCAAUUUGAGUGCAGUCAGCACAUCCACAGGAUUGGGUGGAAUGCAUUUGGUGUUGUUCAGGGUUGAGGGGAACCACCGGUUACCACCUACUACUCUCUCUCCUGGAGAUAUGGUUUGUGUGAGGGAAUGUGAUAGUAGGGGUGCAGGUGCAACUUCUUGUUUGCAAGGGUUUGUCAACAAUCUUGGGGAGGAUGGAUGUAGCAUCAGUGUAGCUUUAGAGUCUCGUCAUGGUGAUCCCACCUUCUCGAAGCUCUUUGGCAAGACUGUGCGCAUAGAUCGUAUCCAUGGAUUGGCGGAUACACUCACAUAUGAGCGCAAUUGUGAAGCCUUGAUGCUGCUUCAAAAGAAUGGUUUACAGAAGAGAAAUCCUUCCAUUGCUGUUGUGGCUACUCUAUUUGGAGACAAGGAAGAUGUUGCGUGGCUGGAGGAGAAAAAUUUGGUAGAUUGGGCUGAAGGAUUGGAUGAACAAUCAAGGCCUGGAACUUUUGAUGAUUCCCAGCAAAGAACAAUUGCCUUAGGUUUGAAUAAGAAGCGCCCUUUAUUGAUAAUCCAAGGGCCACCUGGUACUGGAAAGACAGGUUUGCUUAAAGAACUUAUAGUACUUGCUGUUCAACAAGGUGAAAGGGUGUUUGUAACUGCACCUACAAAUGCAGCUGUUGACAACAUGGUUGAAAAACUAUCAAAUAUUGGAUUGGACAUUGUACGGGUUGGCAAUCCAGCACGCAUAUCUUCAACUGUGGCAUCAAAGUCUUUGGGUGAACUUGUGAAAUCUAAGCUUUCCAAUUUUGUAAUGGAGAUUGAAAGAAAGAAGUCAGAUCUAAGAAAAGACCUUAGACAUUGUCUAAAGGAUGAUUCUUUAGCUGCUGGCAUACGUCAGCUUUUAAAACAAUUGGGAAAGACAGUGAAGAAGAAGGAAAAGGAGACUGUGAAGGAAGUACUAUCUAAUGCUCAAGUAGUGCUUGCCACCAACACUGGAGCAGCUGAUCCAUUGAUUCGAAGGCUGGAUACCUUUGACCUGGUUGUUAUAGAUGAAGCUGGUCAGGCAAUUGAACCAUCUUGCUGGAUCCCGGUGUUGCAGGGAAAGCGCUGUAUCCUUGCUGGUGACCAGUGCCAGCUAGCUCCAGUGAUUCUAUCAAGAAAAGCCUUGGAAGGUGGUCUUGGAGUAUCACUGCUGGAGAGAGCUGCAACUUUGCAUGAUGGAGUUCUUGCCACCAAGUUAACAACACAGUACCGUAUGAAUGAUGCAAUUGCCAGUUGGGCAUCAAAAGAGAUGUAUGGUGGAUCAUUGAAGUCCUCCUCGACUGUCUUUUCUCAUCUUCUUGUAGAUUCUCCAUUUGUUAUGCCCACCUGGAUAACUCAAUGUCCACUGCUGUUGCUUGAUACAAGAAUGCCGUAUGGAAGUUUGUCAGUUGGUUGCGAAGAGCAUUUAGAUCCAGCUGGCACAGGCUCAUUUUACAAUGAAGGGGAAGCUGAUAUUGUUGUGCAACAUGUCUUUUGUUUGAUUUAUGCUGGUGUUAGCCCAGCAGCUAUUGCUGUUCAGUCUCCUUAUGUUGCUCAGGUAAAACUCCUGAGGGACAGACUUGAUGAGCUUCCGGGGGCUGCAGGUAUUGAGGUAGCAACCAUUGAUAGCUUUCAAGGCCGGGAAGCUGAUGCAGUAAUUAUAUCAAUGGUGCGGUCAAACACUUUAGGAGCUGUUGGAUUCCUUGGGGACAGUAGGCGAAUGAAUGUUGCCAUAACUAGGGCACGCAAACAUGUGGCAGUUGUGUGUGAUAGCUCAACAAUAUGCCACAACCCCUUCCUGGCAAGGCUGUUGCGUCAUAUCCGCUAUUUUGGUAGGGUGAAGCAUGCAGAGCCUGAUAGCUUUGGGGGAUCUGGGCUUGGCAUGAAUCCAAUGCUGCCCUCCAUUAGUUAACACUGCACAGGAGGAACGACUACAUAUUUUUUCUUAUUCCUUCAAUUGAUGAUUAUUUGGAAGCACAACUGUUAUGAAGAUGCUUGUUCUCUUUUCCUGUCAGCAUCUGCUUCCACAUAAAUUCAUGUACAGCAGGCCUUCUAUUUGGUCAACAGCAAAAGCAUUAUAGUAAUUGCAUAAGUAUCCUGUAUCCAUCGAUUAGAUUUGUAUAUAAACAACACACAUUCAGAAUUCCUAACUUGUAUAAAAUUUGAAUGCAUCAAAAAUUAGUGAAGAGAAUGGUUACAGUCUUAAA